AUGGGUGAAACUUCAGUCGGAUCAUAUGACAAUUCCAGAGAUUAUUUACUUCAACCGCUUAAUGAUAAUGAAGAACCAACCAGACCAGAGCGCAAGUGGACAGACAGAGUCAUCGGCAAAAUGGAGCCUGGGUCUAUGCGAGGCUCUAUUUUCGCCUUAAUUUCUACAGCAAUCGGUGCAGGCUGUUUGACAAUCCCUUUAAUCUUUAAAUGACUAGGCAUCACUUUAGGACUUUUUAUGAUAUUUAUGGGAGCUUUUUCAAGCUACUAUGGUCUAAUUGGGAUUGCUCUUGCAGCUGAUAAGCAUAGAAACUACAAUUACCCCAAUUUAGUUCGGACAAUCCUAGGGAAGAAUUGGGGUCUACUUAUGGACAUUACGAUUAUUUUAUACGUUUAUGGUACUUUAAUAGGCUAUCAAAUUAUGAUAGGAACUUUUGUUCCGAGCAUAGCAAGGUCUCUUAGCAUCAAUACAAGCCCAGAUGAGACGAGAAUUGUAAUAAUGUGCGCAUCUUGUAUCUUUAUUAUGAUCCCGUUAGGCUUGAUGAAGAAUCUAAGCUCACUCAGAUUUGUUGCGAUGCUAAGUGCGUUUACACUGGUGUAUAUCACGUUUUUGCUGGUAUCAGAAUAUUACUUCUUUGAAGAACACAAUAAUAUUGGAGAAGUCAAUUAUUUUGAUAUAAAUGUCAAUGUUUUUUCAGGGUAUUGUUUUUUAUUUAUAUUAAUAAAACAUUAUUUUAUUGUUUAAUAAAACAUUAUUUAAUACAAAUAAUAUACGCAUUUUGCCUCUAUGCAUUUACGUGCCAUACCAACAUUGCUCAGGUCCAAGGAGAACUUAAAUAUAGCAACCUCCGCCGCAUCAAAAAAAUUUCUUUCCGAACAAUUCUCAGUAUCAUGAUUCCUUAUAUUUUCCUAACUCCCCCGCCGUGAGUUAACAAAACCAUUAGAAAAAUCCCUAACUCCCCCCCCCUCCGUGAGUGAACAAAAAAAUUUUGUUCACUCACGGAGGGGGGUUAAUUUUUUUUUUUUAAAAAAAUUUAUAUAUAAAUUUUAUAAAAAACAUUUUUUUUCGAAAUUUAAAAAAAUCCUAAUUCGCAAAAAUUGGAAAGCAAAUAUUAAUUCAAUUUAUAAAAUUUAUGUUUUAAAAAGCAAUUCGUUUAAAAAUAAACAGAAUUAGCUCUAGAUUUCAUUAUAAUAAUUAUCAUUUAUAUAUCAAAUUUUUUUUUCCAUAAAAAAAUUUUUCUAUUAAAAACAUUUUUGUUCACUCACGGAGGGUGGGUUUUUUGGGCAAAAAAUAGGGAUUUUUCUAAUGGUUUUGUUCACUCACGGAGGGGGGGGGAGUAAGUGAUAAUUAGUAUAAUGAAAUCUAAAGCUAAUUCUGUUUAAUUUUAAACGAAUUGCUAUUUUAAAACUUAAAUUUUAUAAAUUAAAUUAAUAUUUGCUUUCCAAUUUUUGCGAAUUAAGAAUUUUUUAAAUUUCGAAAAAAAAAAAAUGUUUUAUAAAAUUUAUAAAUUUUUUUAAAAAAAAAAUUAACCCCCUCCGUGAGUGAACAAAAUAUUUUUAUUCACUAACGGAGGGAGGGAGUAAGAGAAAUAAAAUGGUGAUGCUGACGGAAAUUGGACUCUGAGGCACACCUCCUAUGGAGCUGGUAGGACCCAUUUCUGAUGAAGCUGAAAUAUAGGGCCUCGUUUCCUGCCUUAAGUAGGCCUUCAGAGGUGGGGAAGCCGUGCCGAAAAGGAAGUUUUAUUUCUCCCCCGAAGGUUUUCCUAUCCUUGCCAGAUGGGCUAGACAGGUUUUUUCCUACCACAUGUCUUACCUACUCAGGACCAUCGGGGCACUCUCCAAGAAGUGGCUCUUCCCUGAGGAGCUGAUCCUCUGGACAGGUGGUUCAGAACAGAAAACAAGAUGGCGUCGGGCCUAGGAGUAUGGUCGUAUCAGAACCCGGCCUGGAGUCGUCUUUCGAGUUGAGGUGUCGUGGUCCGCUGGUUCACCCAGUAUGGCCAUUUAAAACUAACUAACUAACUUAUAUUUUCCUAGGACUUUAUGGCUAUUUAUCAGCACUAGAUGAUACUCCAACUUUGAUUAUUAUGAGAGACACCCCAGCAGAUAUCAAAAAUGACUGAGCAAUGGUAAUCUCCAAAAUUUUUAUGUCAAUUACAUUAAUAUUCGCAGUUCCCAUCAACAUCCACCCUUGCCGCACAACUAUAAUCAAGAACAUGCUAAAGAUAGAAACCCCUUCAACCAAACUGUAAAAACUAUCUAGACACGUAUCAGUCACCCUUCUCUUACUACUGACCUCCUUAGGGAUCGCAAUUGUGUAUCCUGCAAUCACAGUAUUAUUCGGAUUUUUAGGAGGUUUUUGCUGCGGUAUAAUCGUGCUUAUACUCCCAGGUAAUUUUUAUAUAGCCUUAUUACGGUGCAAGAUCAUGGGAUAUCAGCCAAAUAGCUGGCAGUUCAUAAUAAUCUUUGGAGGCUUUUUUGUCCUAUUUCUAGUCGGCUCCAUCAGUUCAGUUCUCUCUAUUGCAGGAAUUGGAGGCUAA